UAAAGAAGUAUAUGAGGGCUAAUUUCCCUGCAUUCAUCCUACCUUCUCUAUCAACCCCACAAGCCUUUGGCACAAUGACGUGGGUAACCUUUAUUUCCCUUCUCUUUCUCUUCAACUCUGCUUAUUCCAGGGGUGUAUUUCGUCGAGAUGCAGACAAAAGUGAGAUUAUUACUCGAUAUAAAGAAUUUGGGGAGCAACAUUUCAAUGACCUGGUAAUGGCUACUUUUUCUCAGUAUCUCCAGAAGACUGCAUAUGAUGACCUCGUAAAAUUAACAACUGAAGUGACUGACUUGGCAAAAGCAUGUGUUGCUGAUAGUUUAGGGGCAGAUUGUAACAAACCACUUGAUACUAUCUUUGGAGAGAAAGCAUGCACAAUUGCCAAUCUUCGUGAAACCUAUGGUGACAUGGCUGACUGCUGUGAUAAACAAGACCUUGAGAGAUUCCAAUGCCUCGUAAAGCACAAAGAAGAUAAACCUGACCUCCCACGAAUUCAACAAACAGACCCUGAUACUCAUUGCAUCUCUUUUGAAGAAAAUAGCCAGAAGACUUUGGGACAGUUUUUAUAUGAAGUUGCCAGAAGAAAUCCUUACUCCAGUGGCUCAGAAAUUCUUUACCUUACUGAAAAGUAUAAAGGCUAUUUGACAGAGUGCUGCCAAGCUGCUGAUAGAGGAGAAUGCUUGGCACCAAAGAUUGAGAAAUUGAAGAAGAAAAUAAUGUUUUCUUCUGUCAACGAUAGAUUCAAGUGCAACAUUCUUGAAAAAUUUGGUGAAAGAUCUUUCAAAGCAUGGUUAGUAGCUCGUCUUAGCCGAAAAUUUCCCCAAGCUGUAUUUACAGAAAUAACCAAGAUGGCAACAGAUCUUAUCAAAAUCUUCCAGGAAUUUUGCAAAGGAGAUCUGCUUGAAGGUGUACACGACAGGAUGACCCUUUCCAAUUACACUUGUGAUAAUCAAGACACAAUAUCCAAGAAACUGGGCCCAUGUUGUGCUAAGCCCAAGUUGGAAAAAUAUCACUGCAUUGUUGAGCUGGAAGAUGACAAGCCUGAUAAUUUACCUUCACUAGCAGCUGAUUAUGCUGAGGAUAAGGAUGUUUGCAAAAACUAUGCUGAGGCAAAAGAUAUCUUCUUGGGCACGUUUUUGUAUGAAUAUUCGAGAAGUCAUCCCGAGUAUGGCUCCCUUUUGCUGCUGAGAAUCAUCAAGGCAUAUGAAGCCAGACUGGAGAAGUGCUGUGCUGAGGCUGAUCCUCCUGCAUGCUAUGGCAACGUGUUUGAGGAAUUUCAACCUCUUGUGGCUGAGCCUCAGAACUUAGUCAAGCAAAACUGUGAUCUCUAUGAGCAGCUUGGAGAAUAUAAUUUCCAAAAUGCACUUGUAAUUCGUUACACUCAGAAAACACCUCAGGUGUCAACUCCCACUCUUGUGGAGGCAUCAAGAAACCUAGGAAAAGUAGCCACCAAAUGCUGUAAGCUUCCUGAAACACACAGAAUGCCCUGUAUUGAAGACCAUUUAUCUGCAGUCCUGAAUACAUUGUGUGUGAUGCAUGAGAAGAAUCCAGUGAGUGACAGGGUCACCAAAUGCUGUUCUGAGUCCUUCGUGAACAAGCGGGCAUGCUUUUCUGCUCUGCAAGUUGAUGACACAUAUACUCCCAAAGAAUUUAAUGCUGAAACAUUCACCUUCCAUGCAGAUAUAUGCACACUUCCAGAGACUGAGCAACAAAUCAAGAAACAAAUAGCACUUGCUGAGCUGGUGAAACACAAGCCCACAGCAACAACAGAUCAACUGAAAACUGUGAUGGGGGAUUUCGGAGCUUUUCUAGAAAAGUGCUGCAAGGCCGAGGACAAGGAGGCCUGUUUCUCUGAGGAGGGUCCAAAACUGGUUGCUGCAAGUCAAGCUGCCUUAGCAUAAAAACAUUGCAAUCACAAGGAUCUCAGCCUGCCCAGAGAAAAAGAGAAAGAGACUAAGACUUUGUUCAUCUGUGUGUCUUUUCUGUUGGUGUAGAAUCAAUACUCUAAGAAACACAACUUCUUCAAAUAUUUGACUGCUUUGCUCUAUGCUGGAAUUAAUAAAAAAUGAAAAGAAUCUAA